UUUCAUGACAGGAUUCAGAAUAAGUGUUCUCCUCUGUGCAGAAGCUUUAUUGUUCAGAAGACAAAAGUGUACUGCUCAUACAGAGAGAUAAUAAGAAACUGUACUGUAUGAUGCUUUUAUAGUAGAGCAGUGAUUUAAGUCAGGCUGUACGUUUCAGAGUAUGAAGUGAAUACAAUUGGUGGGCUGGUAGGACCCUUAAUGAGACAUCCACCCAUUGACUUCUGGGAUACCACAGGCUGUGACCAUUCAUUUGAGGUUAACCUCAAAGUCAAGAAUUUCUUUUCUAAUUUUUGUUCCCAAGUAAAUUAAUGCAAUAGUUUAAGGGAUGCUCUUCAAGGAAUAAGACUACUAAAAGAUUCAUGGACAGGGUUGAUUAUUUUCACGAGUUGUCAAAAGGUGUAACUCUAGUGGUGUAAGGCUCUGCUGCCUAUUGAUUUUCAGGGAUUAUAUCCACACUCAGAAGUUAAUACUUAUAGCACACUUUUUUAUGUGGCUUGUACUCCUUGUAAACAUGUAAAACAGUGAGGGAUAUUACACUGCGAUGGUAUAUAUGGAAGCAUACUUACUUCUAACUGUUGGAUGACGAAAGCUGUGUCAUACAUUGGGAAAACACCUUCUUAUCUUGUUAAAGCAGCUACUAAGCCCUCAUAACCCUGUGCUUGCUGAGUAAUUAUUGAUGGUCUUUAAACACUCAUAAUAUAUUUGUCUUAGAUGAUAAACAGCUAUAGAAGCAAGUGCUAUUGGGAGAGAUUGUUGGAGGAGAUAUUCUGCUCUACCCUUCUAAAAAAGAGUGAAAAAUUAACCUGCAAGUCAAAGCGAAUGCCAAUAUCAACACCGGAAAGUAGGAGGUGUCCUGACAUUUCUACUGAUAGGCAGGUUUCCUUUGGAAUAUAGGAAAACUUUACUUACAAAUGCUAAAAAUUGAUAAGAUAUAUAAAAGAUGUGAGGCCUGGUUAGCUCAGGAUGGAGAAAAGGGACCAAGAUAAAUCGUUAUAAAUUAUAGUCAGAAACUGUUUUGGCUGAUCCUAGCUGCCACCUGUCCUAAUCAAAUCCUGGCUCUCUUGAGAAAUUGUCACUUCCUACUUUCGAGAAGCAGUGUGUGUUUUUUAGCAGCGGAGAGCUCUCUCGCUCUGAGGAAACUCGACUUGAUGUGAUAUUUUGAUGUAAUAUGGUGUAAAAUGACCCAAUGUUUGAGGAAUUAAAUGGCAAAAAAAUGACUUGACUUAAAAGAGGGAUGUGCCAUUUAAUAGAAUUAUUUGCAAUGUUCUGCAUGUAAGAAGAUGCUUUUAUGUGCUGGAACGUGAAAUUAUAUUUUUUUCACAAAAGUUAGUGUGUGAUUGUUUUCGUAAAGCAUUAUCAAUGUUGGAAUUACCUCAGAUGAUUUUUCUUCUUUGGAUGUUAUACGUACUUAGAAACGUGGACUAUGCAGAAUGCGACCCAGGGUACAGGUCAAGAAAAAAUUCAUCUUCCCAUAAAUACGCAUUCGAAAUUCCAGUUCACAAACUGGGGUUGACGGAGCUAUUUGACGAUGAAGGAAAUGGAAAGGCACUGUUGAACCUGGACUUUGCUAUGAAAAACAUCACCAAAUACAAGGGAGAAAAUGUUCGUAUUCGCUGUGAAAUUUCUGGAAAUCCUCUGCCACGCUACAAGUGGUACAAAGAUGAUGUACUUAUUGGAGAAAAUGAGGACCGCAUCAAUAGUAAACUUACUCCCUGGGGAGCGAGGUUGAAGAUAGCCAAUGCUGAUGUGUUUGACAGUGGAUGGUAUAUGUGUAAAGCCUCAAACAAUGCGGGAGAGGUCAAUACAACAGGAUAUCUACUGAUUAAAAAUGAGUAUCCUCCUAAAGCUAAGAAUGAUGACAAAGGUCACGGACUGCCGGACAUAAUCCCUGACGACACAGAAAUCUUUUCUGGGAAAUACAAUAAAGAUGUAUAUGAGACGUAUCAGGAGAAAGACAAGAAAUCCAAGGAAAGAGGGGAUGGAUUUUGUCAGACCUUUAGGGGAAACACCUGUGCCAAGUUCUUUGGCAAUCAGAGCAUCUAUGUAACAUCUGAAUAUUCACAAGGAAUCAAAGAAAAUAACUUUAUCAGUGGCUUUACCAUAAUUGCAUCUUCUAGUGAGAUGUCUACCACUUGUCACCAGUACGCUAUACCGUUUCUGUGUUACUAUACAUUCCCACCGUGUGACCACACAUCAGACGAGCCUCGCCCGCGACAGGUGUGUCGUGACGAGUGUGAAGAACUAGAACAGAAUAUCUGUAUCAAGGAAUAUAAACUGGGAAUGAUCCAUCCAGAAAUUGGUAAGCAGCUUCUUCCUGUUUGUAAGGACUUGCCUCCCAUAGGAACUCCAGAGGGAAACAACUGUGUAAGGAUAGGAGUACCAUCCCGGACAAAAUCAGUGUGGUAUGGACAAAACGAAGGCAAUCAAAUCCAUGGUGGAUAUGAUAUCCCAGAGCGCAGUUGUUAUACGGGGAAGGGAGAAUACUACAAAGGAACUCACCAUAGAACUCUGACAGGGAAAACGUGUGUCAACUGGCAAAACAAUCCAAAGUUCCCAGACCAUAAAUUACUGGGAAACCACAACCAAUGCAGAAAUCCUAAUCACGACCCGAGAGGUCCCUGGUGCUAUAUUGACCAUAACUUUAGGCACAAUGAAACCUGUGAAAUCCCACGCUGCACCAGUGGAGCUGAGCCUGUCAACAAACUAAUGUACAUUCUGGUGCCAGGGAUAAUUGUUCCAUUGGCUCUCAUCAUCCUAAUCGCUGUUGUCUGUCUGUGUCAGAAAAAGAAUGAAAAGGGUGCUAAUAGCAAGGGAACAAACUCUUCCCAGAAUUCCACUGUGGAAACUGUGCCAUUAACUGGAAAAAAUCCAGGAUGCAGAAUAAGAGAAUUCCCAUUGUCCUCUAUAAGAUUCCUACAAGAACUGGGCGAAGGAGCAUUCGGAAAAGUGUACAAAGGAGAAGUGAUGGGAUUAUAUGGGGAUAGUACUGUGUCCAAAGUUGCCAUUAAAACUCUGAAGGAAAAUGCCUCGCCAAAAGUCAAGAAUGACUUCCGAAGGGAAGUGGAUCUGAUGACCGAACUUCGCCAUCCUAACAUUGUGUGUUUGUUGGGAGUUUCGAUGAAGCAAGAACCCAUGUGUAUGUUGUUUGAAUUCAUGCCCUAUGGAGAUUUACAUGAGUAUCUUCUCACUCACUCACCAAAUUCUGACAUGUCUAGUGUGGAUGAUGAAAGUGGCAAAAGAAUCAUUCUGGAAUAUCCAGAAAUGUUGUUCAUUGCAAUUCAAAUUGCAGCAGGAAUGGAGUAUCUUGCAAGUCACCAUUUUGUUCACCGAGAUCUUGCAGCCAGGAACAUCCUGGUGGGAGAUAAUUUAUCAGUGAAGAUUUCAGACUUUGGUUUAUCCAGAGACAUAUACUCAUCAGACUAUUACCGUGUGCAGAGUAAAUCCUUGCUACCUGUUAGGUGGAUGCCUUUGGAGGCUAUUUUGUAUGGAAAGUUCACCACAGAAAGUGAUAUGUGGUCUUAUGGAGUGGUUCUGUGGGAAAUUUUCAGUUAUGGACUCCAGCCUUACUAUGGCUACACUAACCAAGAAGUGAUAGAUGUAGUAAGAUCUCGCCAAAUCCUACCCAAUCCUGAGGAUUGCCCCCCUCGCAUGUAUGGCCUCAUGGUUGAAUGCUGGCAUGAAAACCCAACAAGGAGGCCAACAUUUAGAGAAAUUCAUGCUCGAUUGCGUGCCUGGAAGACUGAAGUCCUCAUGCAGAAUCCUCACUGGAGCUUGAGUCAGACUCACUCAGCUCACAGUGGAAGUACUCACCAGAGCUCACAGAGUGGACCUAGUCACCACAGCAGUACUGGGCCCAGUAAUACCACAGCAUUGACGGGACUCACAGGAAGUAGUGGGGGGUCCGAGACCCCAGCCCAACAUCCACAGGUCCAAAUGAUGGACCCUCGUUACACAGACUUACCAAGAGUGCAUUACACCCCAGCUCAAGCUGGGCCCAUCCAAUCCCCAAUGAUGCAGUCCCCUGUCCCACCUAAUUACCCACUGGCACAUCCUCCCAUUGGUAACCAUCAGAAAUUACAGCAACAACCCUUGUAUCCAGUGGUAGGCCAAAAUGGCCCUCAGAAAAUCUCUCCUGCAGAAUCUGUGGCUUCCAGUCACAAGUCGUCUGCUAGUUCUGGGUCACAGGACUCCACUGCAAACUACAAAUUGGUUGGCCCUGGCACUAUCCCACACACGCAGGUGUUGGGUAUGAAUAGUGUCCCCAAUGGGUCAGCGGUGGUCAAUGGACCAUCAGACUGUCAGAGGUUCAAUAACUUGAUGGCACAAAAUGUGUACAUUCCUGACCAGAGGACGGCGGACUAUCAUGAGUGAACAGCAGUGCAUUUUGUGGUGUAAACUUUUUUUGUACAUUUAUACUCACUGAAUCAAAAUUGUUGUGAUGAACAGGAAUAAACUGCAGUUCUAAACUGCACCAGCUUCAGCAGAUGUUGAUGCUAUGUCUGUGUGCUUAUAAACUUGUGAAAACCAAGAAUCUGUAAUUAAGAGUCAUUCUGUUGUUCAUUGCCAGACACAAAUUUUGUAGAAGCAUAGCAUUUGCAAGAUCCAUGGACACCAAUAGGCAUUUUUUGAAAGCCAGACAUUAUAUGUGUAAUUUAAUGUCUUUCUUCUGUUGUGUUGUCAGUAUUGUUUGACAUUAUACAUAAUUUCAGGUGUUUUGUCAAUACUGACUAAACAACUGACAUUAUAGAUAAUUUAAUGUCUUUCUAGUAUUUUUCAGUAUUUUUUUAAAGGAAAACAAUGGGUAUUUGUGUUUGUCUGAAUGUUUCUUUGAAGAUAUACCAAAGCAAAUAAUUUUUCUAGUCAUAGCCUUAAGAUAUUGAGGCACUCUGCAUAAUUAUACUACUGUGAAAAUUGUUAAGGAUGUAGUAUUUGUUCUAAAAAAAAAUUGCAUUCUUUUGUACUUGUCAAUUAUGUGAAAUUUGUUGAUGGGUCCAGUAGAGAGAUUGGUCAAAGUGCCAUGAACUGUUGAAUAUUUUUCUUGCCAUUAUUUUUAUGGAAUUUAAACCAAUAUUUUAUACAAGCAACUUAAAUCUUCAAAUGUAAUAACUAAAGGUAGACCAGCAUGUCUGAUGACUCGGAGUAAAUGAUUUUUCAAAUUAAUUGCUGAUAUUUUUUUUCCCGGAGAUUCCCACAAACAGCAAGCAUUUUUAAACAAUUUAUUUUGUCGUUUUUACUGCAGAAUCACUUAAAAUCUCCACUUUCUUGUCAUAAUGUAACAUUUAACAAUAUUUUAAUUCGAAAUUCUGAGAUAAAUGGGAAUCAAACAUGAGUGGCAACAGAAAUAUCUGUAAAUUUAUGUAUUAUAUAUAAUAAAGGAUCCUCUUUCCAAAUUUCUAUCAGUUUUAGUCAGCAUAUUUUAAACCUGCAAGCAUCAAAUUCUGUUUAUCAUUAGACUUUAUAAAUCUGGGUGCUUAGUUUACAUUCAGACUGAAUCUGUAUAGUUGUUAUGAGACCGAUUUUGAGUGUGGAAGUGGAGUGAGCAAGGGAGAGGAGACAAACAUGACAAAAUUAAGGGUAUUUUUCAAUGGUGCUUAUGUCAAUGUUGUUGUCAUGGUAACCAUUAUAUAUAUUUAAACAUAAAUCUUCUAAGCUUGUAUUGAGGAAGGAUUUAAUUCAAUGUCUGUUGUGACUUAAAAACUGGGAGUCUAGUGUCCGUCCAUAUUGCAAUUUUUUCAUUUCUUUACAAACGAUUAAAUUUAUUCAGAAAGUAAUUCACCUAUCAAUGGCUAUUGAUUUUCGUAAAAACUUUGUAGUGUGUAGAUUGAUUCUGUUGAAAUCCUUUAAAAACUUGCCAAAUAAAAUCCAAAUAUAUUACAAUGCUAAAAAUGAUGUCUUCAGUUUAGUCAUUAUAAAAAUUUUACAUAGUCUUGGUUUUUCUAACGAACUGCAAAAUUAUUAAAAGUAACAAUUUAGGUAAUGUUUUAAUUGCUAGUGUUAGAUCUAUGUUUAAGUUCACACAAAGAAUUUAUAUGUCAGGUCACAAGAAAAAUAUAAUGGAUUGCCAAAGAAAAUUUAAUGCUUCAAGUACCAUGCUACUAAAGUUAUCUCCCAUGAUACUGAUUUCUUGUCAAUAUGCAUUCUAAAACUGUACAAUAUUCUGCGUCUCUUCUGAUGUCACGUAAAUUCAUUUUUUUGUUUGUGUGUUGUAAAAUGGUUUUUAGCAUACAUUUCAUAUAAAAUGGAAACUGAACACAUGAUGAUAUCAUAAUAAAUCACCAGACAAUCAAAGGUAUUUACCAAAUGCUAGACUCAGCCAUUAUCACCACUGUGAGGAAUUAUAAAUUCUGUUGAAUGUAUCUUUAGUCUAUGUUUGAAGAAGUGCAACAUAAAAACGUGUAUAAUUCUGUAUUCUGAUUAUUUUUUCAAAUGGUGCAUUAUUUUAUUGCUUUUGUAAGCUUCUCAUAGACAAGUAUACCAGAUAGAUGCUACAUCCAUCAUUAUAUCUGUAUAUAGGUCAUCCAGACAUCAGCUAUACUAGGUGCUAAAUGUUAGCUUCUGUGGUUAGACUAGCUGAAGAUUUUGUAACAUUUUUCAAUCAGCCCAAGCUGCCUAUCUGCUGGCAUGUUGAAUGAUAAUGUAUGCGAGAUUUAUCAUUUUCACAGCCAAAUAAAAAUGUUUGAUAAUCUCA